UCUGGCGUUCUCGGGUGCUAAACAUGUGUCGAUAUUUACGAAGUUGAGUGUGUUGCUUUUAGAGUUGCGAUUACGAAAAUUUCGAAUCAAUAACCUCGCAUAUUGACGAAGGGAAACGCUGGUGCAAAUGGAUUUCGAAUUUUCUGACGAAAUUUUCGGUUUUUUUUCCUCGAAAAACUCUUUAUGCAGCUUUUAUAAAUCGUACUCAACGAAACGUCUCAAUUCACAGAUUCGACUUGAUAGACUUAUUCUUCGUGAACAACUAAAUUUCUCACAUUCUCACGGAAUCUUAACCUCGAAAAACGAUAACAUCGAACGUGUGACUGAUGAGAAAUGCUAUCGGCGCAAUGGGAAAAAAUUGUUGCCGAAUAAAAUCCUAACCUGCUCCACUGAAAAACCACCGUCACUGUUCAAGAGUCUCGAAAUAUUUAUCAAUCAACGUGUCCCUUUGCCGAGGAUUUGUUUGAUACCAUCAACUAGAGAUUUUAAAAGGCGAGCUCCGGCAAAAAGUUGCUUCGAAACGACACACCCCCCGCCAUGUACAUAUUCGUAGAGGCACAAUGUUUUCGUUCAGUAUUGGAACUACGAUAGGCUGGGUCUCGCCAACAAUAGUCAAAUUGUUAGAACCUGAUUCUCCAAUUCCGUUCACUCCUGAUGACAUUUCGACGAUGGUAGCAGCGAGUGCAGUUGGUCACGUUAUUUCGCCACCGCUGAAUCACUUUUUUGUCGAUCGUAUUGGUCGUCGCAAUACCUUAUUGUUGAGUGGACUCCCGGUAAUCAUCAGUUCUGCCAUGAUAAUGGUGGCACGACACAUUUGGGUUAUUCACGUCGCCCGUAUCUUGGUUGGAUUCUCGCUGGGCAUGUGUCUGUGCGUGUCUCCGAUGUACAUGGGGGAAGUGGCAUCGAUACGUACAAGGGGUUUGGCCGGAGCUUCGAUUGGAGUGAUGAUAAAUUUGGGGAUCCUGUUCACCUACGUAGUUUGUCCUUAUUUGUCGAUCGCCAGCGUUGGAGGAUUGUUGAUGAUAAUCGCACUGGGCUUCGUGUUCGCGUUUUGGUUCAUGCCGGAGAGUCCUCAUUAUCUUGCAAUGGUUGGUAGAAUCGAGGAGGCCGAAGCGGUCCUGGAGAAGUUACGGGGUCGGAUGGACGUCAGCGAGGAGCUCAAAGUCCUCAAAGAUGCGGUGCCAAAGUCAGCAGGGGAGAGGAGCUCCGAAAAGGGGAGACAAAACCGUGCGAGCUGGAGAGACGUUUUCACCGGCCGAGGAAAUCGGCGAGCAUUAUUGAUAGCUUUCCUUUUCCUACUGCCCCAACACUUUGGUGGCUACUUCCUGGUGCUCGCUUACAACGAACUGAUAUUCAAGAAUGCCGGCAUGGCAAUACCGAGUCAUUGGGCGACCAUAGCUGUGGGCAUCUCUCAAUUAUUAUCCGCUGUAAUAUCAGGGCUCCUGGUUGACAAAUUGGGGCGUCGGCCUUUGAUACUGGGCGCUGGACUGACGGCUGGAUUGUGUAAUGCCGUCAUGGGUGGUUACCUCUUCGCUCAAGAGUACGUCGGUGUGGAUGUUGAGCCAUACUCGGUUCUCUUCCUCCUGGCAGUUUUGGUACAGGUAUUUUUCUUCAACUUUGGCCUCCUCAGCAUCCACCUGGUCAUCAUGGCGGAAGUCUUCAACACGGAAGUGAAAGGCGUAGCGAUGUCGAUCGUGGGCGUUUGUAGCGCGGUGUUCGGCAUCAUAUCGAGCAAAUUCUACAUCACAAUCGCCGUGACAUGGGCAGUCGGUCAUUCCGUGCCCUUUCUGGCGUUCGCUUUCGUCGUCUGGGUAUCGACGAUCCUUUUGGUAAUGAUCACCCCGGAGACGAAGGGCCGAUCGUUCGUGCAGAUUCAAUUGGAUCUGAAUAGGUGAUCGAGGCGUCUUCGGCGCAACGGGACUGUUUCCUGCUCCGUCUGAAUGUCGUUUAGUUUCAUUAAAUAAUAACUAAAAUAGAAGAACACAGAAGAGUUUUUUCGAAGCUCCAAACCGUAGAUUUGCGGUCUUCCGCUCACUUCGAUUAAUUCCACUCGUUUAAAAAUGCCUCCCAGCUUGCUUUUCGAUUCGACUUGACUCCCAGGCAACAGAGGCCGCAUCCGGAGGUAGAGCUGAGCGAAUAAAAAACGUCGAUGCACCGUGGCACGUCGAGACAAAGUUAUCUUUGAGUAGAACGAAAGUCGCGGCCGCUCGUCCGCAGUCCAGGGGGAAGCCUCGGGAUUUUAAAAUCACUAUUCAGUCUUACGAAAAUUGCUAUUGGCAGAGCCAUUAGAAGCUGGAAUUAGUUUUCGCGAGUGCGGAGAUAUCCUGGCCGUCCGUGUAUAAGCUUUCGUGGUGACUUCCCUCUCUCAAUCUCUCUUUCUCGCUUUUUUGUUUUAUAACCUCCGUAGGAUCCUGAUAUCCGUGCUCCGGGAGUACUCACUUUGGCUCGCUGCCUCAGCCACACCGUUCGCCACGGCUCACUUAUCUUACUUUAUACCUGAGAUUAAUAGCCCCUCUCUUCCAACUGCAUCGGACCACUAUGCACUUUUUUCACCCCUCAGCCCCUAUUCCCCCGCUCUUUUCCCUUCGCUUUCCCUUUCUCCCAGCUCUCAUAUAUUCGCUCCAGGAACAGAGCGGACUUUUGUUUCGCCAAAAGUUUCUUUUAGUUUUCUCGUUUCAGGAGACUCGUGGAGAUUGUUUCGCUGCGAUAUUGGGAAUACAUCGUAAAUUCACAGGCUCUAAUAUUUUAUUGCCUCCCCUCCCGCCCCUUAAUCAAUGUACGUCUAUAUGUAUAUAGACUAUUUUCUUGUUGUAUCGUUAUAUUUUUUCUUCUCCAAUCGUCUUGGACUUUGAGAUUGGAAAAGCGGCUUUACCCCCAGAAAAGUAAUUACGAUAAUUGGCUUGCCAAGCGUUUUCACUUUUCCUCUUAUUUCAUGUCGUUGAGGAACAAUUACAACGAGAAUAUUGUUAAAAAUAUUUGUUCUAUGUUUUAUUGAUUUUGGAAAUAAAAACAUUUUUGAUUAUCUA